CUGCUGAAUAUUUAACUCGGAUGGAAUAUAGAGCACACAACAGUUCUGUUAACACCAUGGCUAACAUUGAUGUCGCAUUUGAAUUGACUAAAGAUCAAAGAACUAGAAAUGACCAUUUUUUUGAAUUUUCAGUUGAUCGUAUAAUUAUUGUGGAAGACUCCAAGUCAAAGUUUUAUUUAACAAAUUUGUUUCACAAUAGUUUUGAAAAUCUUCCUUUGAAUAACACCUACUGCUAUUGCCCCAAAACCGAGCAACAGCUAAUCAAAACAAGAUGGCGAUGCCGUAUGCUUAUCGCACGGUAUAUGACUUUGGCUAUAAUUUUAAUGAUGUUUAUCUUGGCAUCUGCACAGAAUGAAAAUAUAGAGACUAUCGUUGCUAAUUCCAAUGUGUUUAAUGGAAGUAAUUGGAACUCAAAUAAAAAUCAAUUCCAUUUUGAUACAGAUACGCAAAAUGAUAGUGAUGCAUUUACUAAUUCAAAUGCAAAUAAUAAUCAAAAUCAUAACAGUAACAAUGGAAAAAUGACUUCAGGGCCCGGUACUCAGGGUGUCACUGUAAGCCGCAAUACUUUGAUUAAUGGUGAUACUAUUUUGCAGCGGCAAUUGAGAGAGAAAACUAAACAAGAUAGCUUACAGUCAAUUAAAAUGCAUAUCUUAAUGCGUUUGAAUUUAAAAAAACUGCCAAAUAUAACGAAACCAAUUUCAGUACCACAAAAUAUAAUUGAACAUUUUUAUAAAAAGUAUAAUGCAUCGCUUUUAAACUCUAUAAGGGUACAUGAAAAAGCAGAAUUGGAAAAUUCAGAAAAGCUAUUAUAUGUCGAAAGGAAUGGAAACAAUACAGAAUCAACUGAAUCUAAAUUGUUAUCUUCAAAUUGGACAACAAAUAGUCAGCAUUUUAUAAACGAUUCCAAUUUAUUCAGACCCAUCACAAAUUUGACAACAGAUGAAAUGCAAAGUGACGAUCCCAAACAGUUUGAUGACUAUAGAUAUAAACAUAUUAUUGAUCUUAAUAAGGAAAAAGAAGCGAGCGUGAUUGAAAAUGAUAAUGGCGAAUAUGAGAGUAUUUUAUCACAUACAAACAGCAUAUAUGUAUUUCCAGAACAAUCCCAUACACGACAUAACCGAAAAGCCGACGUACUCCGGUUUAAAUUUGAUAGCUAUACGGAAGUAUCGUAUGUGAAAUUGCAUUUAUAUCUGCGUGGAUUGGACUGGAUAAAGGCGAAUAUACCGAACAUUAUCGAUGGAUUUGACGAUAACUUUGAAGAUAACGAAAUUGUUGUGGAUGUACAUCGUGCCAUACGCCAUGUGAAUAGCACACAUAAAGUGAAAAUGUUUGAGUUUCGUCACAAAAUUCCAGUCGGAUUUGGUCAAUGGAUCAGUGUUGACCUAAAACCCUUGUUCAUAACAGGAGAGGAUACAAUGUUUAAUCCUACCAGGACGAAUAAAACUCAAGAAAUCGUCAUCAAAGGCGUUGAGCCAUGGAUGAAACCCUUAGUCGUCACUACGGAUAACACUUCAAAAAAUCCACUGUCCACAUUGAAAUUGGUUCACAGAAAAAGCACCGCCGAAAAAGAAGCGUUUUUAUGGACUGCACUGAAAGUGAUCACGAUAUGCGGUGUUGUCGUUAUCCACUCAAAGUGA